AUGCCCUCAAAAAUCGAUCUUAGAGAUAUACUUAUUCACUAUGGACCAGUGGACGAGUCCAUUAUCAACAAUAGAAAGAAAAUCACACUUGUAGGCUAUGAAAGGGAUCACGUGCUCCUCGAAUUCUUCCAAAUUGGCUCGCUGGCUGCUUAUCCUAUUAAAAUCAAAUAUGAUACGUCUCUUCCCUCUGCUUCAGGCUCAGGCUCAGGCCCAGUUGCUAAGGUUAGAGCAAUGGCCAGGAAUGCCGCUUUAAAGUUGGGUCAUCCGAUUCCCAGAACUCAUCAGGUUGUGUGUCCAAGCUCAGUGCAGGAAGGGUUCAUGUAUGGUUUACUUUUGGUCCUGGCAAUUACUAAAUUCAAACCACAAUGGAUAAGAGUAUUGGGAAGUUAUAAAGGGCUUUCAGCCAUUUCCAAUUUACUUUUGAACCAUGGCAAACAAUUCUUCUCCGUAAUAUAUGGCAUACACGUGAUUGAAAUUUUAUUCGUGAUGAUUCCUGCUUUGAUUAAAUAUCGAGUUCCAUAUAAGAAUUGGCCUUCAUGGAUUAUCAUGAACUUUAUUGAAGGAUUCUACUCUCUUCUUCGGUUCAACUCAUUAACUGAUUCAGACAUUUAA